AGCGUUUGUUUUGGAUAUUUUUGUCAAGGCGUAAGUAACACCGUAGGCCUACUCGUUAAACAAUUAACUUAAUACAGUCUGGUACAAAACGCAUUUAUGGUUCCGUUUUAGCUAAACGAGGCCUCAGGUCAAGCCUAUACUGACUGGGUACUGAUUUGUGAGAAUUUCAAGUCCACUGGGCACCGCAGGAGACAUGGCAUCAGUUAAAGACAGCAGUCAAACACUCCUGUUGAAUGUCAUCAUGAAAGACGAAGAGGAGGAAGUGAAGAUUUGGGAAUAUGAUGAUUACGAAGGAAACAGUCCAGAGAUGGCGGCAGCGGAGCUGGUAGACAGCAGUCAAACACUGGGGCUGAACGUCACCAUUAAAGAAGAAGAGGAGAAGGAAGACAUUUGGGAAUCUGUUGAUCAUGGAGAGACCCCUAACUCCUCUUACCAAGUUGAGACAUUUCCUGCAUCAGUGGCACAACAUCAGAAAGGUAGCAAAGCUAAAGGGUCUCACCACUGCCCACACUGUGAGAAGAGUUUUCCAUUCCCAUCAUAUCUUGAAAGACACCUGAGGAAACAUUCUGGAGAGAAGCCUUACUCCUGCUCUGUAUGUGGGAAGCGCUUCCCUGCAUCACACCAUCUAACAGUUCAUCAGCGAGUGCACACAGGAGAGAAGCCUUACCACUGCUCUGAUUGCGGGAUGAGUUUCUCUCAACUGAGUGGCUUGAAAGGGCACCAGCGAACACACACUGGAGAGAAGCCUCACCACUGCUCUACAUGUAGCAAGAGUUUCUCCUAUCUGCGAGACUUGCAACGUCAUCAGUUGAUUCACACAGGAGAAAAGCCUUACUCCUGUUCUGAUUGUGGGAAGGGUUUCACCUCACCAAGCCAUCUAUCUGUUCAUAAGAGAAUGCACACAGGAGAAAAGCCAUAUCAAUGUUCUGAAUGUGGGCAGAGUUUCUCUUAUGUGGGUAGCUUCAAACAUCACCAGCGAAUACAUACAGGAGAGAAACCUUACUCCUGUCCUGACUGUGAGAAGUGCUUCACCUCAUCCAAUCAGCUAACAGUUCAUCAGAGGGUGCACACGGGAGCGAAACCUUUCUGCUGUUCUGAAUGUGGGGAGUUUUUUUCUCAACAAAGUAACUUGAAAUCACACUGGCGAACACACAGGAGAGAGGCCUUACCACUGCUCUGACUAUAGAGGCCCUUGUUCUCAACUGAAUAACUUCGGUCAGACAUCACCAGGAGAGAAGCCUUGCAUAUGACUGAUGCAAAUUCUUGAAAUCAUUCUCACAAGUCCAUCAGUGAGCACACAGGAGAGAAGCGUUAUCAGUAAUGGUAGACAUGCAGAGAUGAAAGAAAAAAAUAUUUGUGUUGAUCUCCAUCUAUGGCUUAACCUGACAACAUCAAAUCUAAAUGAAAAAACCUGAGAGAAAAAAAUCCAGGGGUAACUGAGUGAUGUUGCUAACUGUGUAAAAGGGCAAGAGUAAAAUUUAAAGAAAAGGCCUACUUAAAAGUAUGGAUACAUAUUUGGAUUAAAUGUAUUAAAGAUG